CCGUGAGCGCAGAGAGAGCUGCGGGCGCCGCGCGGGCUCGGGACCUGCUUCCCCCACCCGGUUGCCGAGGUCGGCGUCGCCGCCGCGGGGUUUCGGGAGGGCCUGCUCGCUGCGUGGCCUUCUCCCGGCCAGCUGUGCGGGCGGCUGGACCAGCAGCAGCAGGGAGGACUUGAGCGCCGGCGGCAGCAGCGACACCAUGGAUCUGUCCUUUAUGGCCGCACAGCUGCCCAUGAUGGGAGGCGCCUUCAUGGACUCGCCCAACGAGGACUUCAGCACCGAGUACUCCCUCUUUAACUCCUCCACCAACGUGCACGCGGCCUCCAACGGCCAAGGUCAGCCAGAGGAGCUGCCAAGGUCCUCCAACGACGCCGUCUUGCUCUGGAUCGCCAUCAUAGCGACGCUGGGUAACAUUGUCGUGGUGGGGGUGGUGUAUGCCUUCACCUUCUGAGCCGCGGGAGCUCCGGGACCGCCCCCCCCACUCCGCGCUGGGCUCACAGCGGGGCACUGUCGCUGUUGGCCUUUGGCUGCACCCGCGUUCUAGAACCAGGAGUUCUGACCAGGUGCGCCGUCUCUCCAAGGGGAGCCACCAUGCGUCUGGGACUUCCCCAAGCGGCCCUGAUUUCAGAUACUCCAGGCUGUGGUCCAGCUGAUCCAGAAAAUAUGGGAGCCUGGCCUUCCCGCCCCCGGAGGCACGCCGGGCCAGAGCCUUCGAGGAGUGGACCAGGGAAUUCUUGAGACUGCAUUCCACGAACAUGAGACCAGAGGGAACAGCCAGUCAGUUUAAAUUACGGACAUGGUUGGAUGAUCCCUUGCUGGCACUAAAUAAUCACUUCUGUGUCUUGCUUUUCUGCCAGCUUACCUGAGGGCCAGGGCAGCCCUCAGAACUUGAGCGUUCCCACCGCAAUCUGGUUUCCCAGUCAGCCCCUCGGAAUACCGGUGGUGGUCACUUGAAGGGUCACAGAACGUUCCUCAUUUGACUUGGAAAUGGCAUCUUUGUUACCAGACACCUGGCCCCUUCUGAAACCCAAGGAUGGCGGAUUCCUGGUGACAUGGAUCUCAGGGGUGGCAGUGAUGGUGGUUUUUAUCUGCUGGAUGGGCUUUCUCUUCUUUGUGAAAAGAGGAGAAGCUGCCUUUAAAAAUGAGAUCUGCCAGGCAGUUAACUCUUUAGAUCACCCACUGAAGACGCUCUUUCCUCUCUGAGAAAUCACGGAAUUUUAGGGAUGAGGUGUGUGUACCUCAUCGACUGGCGGGUGGGAGGGAGAGGGACAUGAUUUGCCUGGGGUCCCAGGGCAGGUAAAGGCAGGGGUCAGAGCAGGAGGGACAUUUCCUGACCAUCAGUUCUGGGCUGCCUCUGCCCCAACAAAGCACUGUCUUGAGUAGAUUCCUGCCUUCUCAGCUGCCCUGGGGAGAAUAUCCAGAGGGUCUCGAAGCUGUGUGCAGGGUGGGCAGGGAGUUAAGACACCCAUGCUGUAAACUUGGUUUGGCUACCAUGCACUCUUGCAGGUGUAAAUGUGUUCUGCCUGAGUCAGUUUCCUUACAAGCUUAGAAGGCAGCGGCUGGGGGGCCGGCAAACCUGGGAGCCCCUCAUCAGGACCAGAGCGCUGUUGGCCUUUGGCUGCACCCACGUGCUGGGGGGAUCAGCAUAGGAAAGGGUUCACUUUUCUUCAUGGCGCAGCGCCCCCCUUCCUGAAACAGCUCUCCCUGUGCCCCCAAGAGUGGGACGAGCUCAGACACGGGCUUGCCCUGCCUACAAGCCAGGAGUGGCUCUCUUCUUGCUUCCUCCCUGCAUCCUACAGAAGAAAAUAGACGGCAUAAAUUCCUCCUCUGUGGUUGAGAAACUUCAAAGACUGGUAAAGAAGCCCUCAUGCAUAUUUGGGGACAAUUGCAAAAAGGCUGAAUUUGUCACUGUGGUCUCAGGAGAAGUGAGUGUUUUUGAUAAGCAAAGGGACAUCUUAAUUGUCCAGAGGCAGCCACUCGUCUGUGGGAGGCUGGCACCGAGCUGCCGUGAUAACAGGAUUAGCAGCCCACGCUCCAGACAGCGCCGGCCGCCAGCUCUUAUUGGCCGCAUCUGUCACUGCCGCCUGGCGUCCAUCCACACGUGCUUCAGUUCAAGCGGAGGUCGUGAGCACACACAGCCGGCGUGACCUUUGCGGAACGGGAGAAGGGCUGUGGUACCUUUUGCCUGGACUCCUUCUGGAAUCGCUGACUGGGCCCUGCUGUCUGGAGGCAGGACCAGCCCGGAGGCGGGGCUGGGUGGUGGCCACGGUGAGCACACCAUUCCAGCUGCUUCUCCAGCAAACUCCUCUCCGUCCAGGCCUGGCAUCUGCCCCGUGAGCAAGGUCUUUCUUAGACACGCGGCUUUAUGAGGGAACCCAAGGGGGGAACUCCAGAGCCAGGGUGGGGAGACAAGGUGUCUUCAUGGGGGCCAUCCAGCCCAAAUACCCUGAUUCUUUGCCUUCUGACCCCCCAUCCCCAGGGAGCCUGCAGCCCUGUAGGAGGCAGGUGGCAGCUCCGCGUUCUCAGAUGGCCUGUGGAGAUGGCUGUGGGAGAGAAGGUUCUGUGUUUCAUAACAGAGGGAGGAGUGGGGAAGAGAGAAAAGGUUGGCUCUUAGGUCUAAGGAGACCUCCAGCCUCCCAGGGCAGCCCUGGUGGGCCCUGUGUUCGCCGGGUAUUUCUGGGCACAGAGGUCUCCCCUUUGAAGGUUUUGUUUUCCCUGACAUGAAAACUGACAUGUUGUCAGUUAAAUUCAACUUUCAAGUCUUUCUUUUCAGUGUCAGGGCCAUAGGUGGUCAAGAGCUUUAAAGAGCUUCUUGUCUAAACGGAGCAUCAUAGAGAUCACAGUGACUUGCCCAGGGUCACCCCAUUUCCAUCUCCUGUUAAUUUUUUUUCCCCCUUCACUCAGAUGACAGCAGGAAUCAGUGCGCAUGUUAGAUUUCUAGCCAGAGUGCACUGCCCUUUCCCUCCUGCUGCACUUGGGGCUCUGUCUUUGAUGUUAAGUAAAGGCCAAGAGAUCUGACAUCAUCGCCUGGGUCUUGUGUCCAAGCCUUGUGCCAGAUUCAUAGGCACAGAUUUAAUCCUUACGGUUCCCUUAGAGCAUCAUUUCUCCAACACACAGAUAAGGGACCAGAAGCUCCGAGGAGUGGAAUAACUUGCCCGAGGCCGCACAGCAGGAAAGUGAGGAUCCGGCUGAACUUGAACCAUCUGGCUUAAAGCCAGGCUCUUUCUGGGACACCAUGCCGCCUUCAGUGGCUGGGUGGCCCCUCCAGGGCACAUUUAAACCAGGCCCUGAGUCUCCAGAGGCCGUUUCCCGAGCUCCCACAUCAUGACGUGGCCUGAGCCGGCUCUGGCUUCUGCAGGUUGAAGUCUCUGACCAUCCUUGGGGUGGGGCAUGCUCAUUGCCCCCUCUCUGCCCAGGCUUUGGGGUUGGUGGUCCCUGUUGCCUGCCCCCCCGCCUUUAAGUUGAACUCAAGUCUCUGCAUGGCCAGAGAAGUUCCCAGAGACCAGCUUUCUCGGGACCCAUGAAGAAGGCCCUGGCCCAGACGCGGAGCCCCACAGAGGGACCCACAUGAGGGGCGAGGCUCACGCAGACAGAAUCGAUGAGCAGAGUCCUGGGAUGGUCUGUGUUGCAGGCUGGGCCCCAGCCCAGACUCAGGUCUCCCGCUGAGGCCCAGGGUCCUCCCGAGCAGCUGCUCCUUUCUCGGAGCCCAGCCUGGGGCUCCCGUUCUGGCUCCUCCCAGGUGGGGCUGGCCCCUGAGCCCACCCUGGCUUGAUGGGUCCGUGCUGAGGAAGGAGGGCUUGCCUCUUUAGGAGCCGCUCCUCAGAGAAGGGGUCCUACCAUUGCUGGAACGCCCCUCCGCGUGCAUUUCCCCUCCGCAAGCCGUGGGUGCCGCACACCUGUGUGUGUUUGCGCUUCACCGCACAGAGCAGCACGUGCUUUAUGAGGCCAUGAGUUGCAGGCCUUGGAGCUUCGGAGGAGAGGCCAGGCCAGGGGACACUUUAGCCGGGCAUGUCCCGAGGGGAUUCCGCCUCCUAUAGGCCUUGGGAGAGUCAACUGCUCUGCCGGCCCCUGCUCUGUCUUUGCUGCCCUUUCCAUGCGAUCAAGGGGCAAAUGAGACUCCCUUGACCCCCCUGUACCCCCCAGAGAAAGAUGCUCAUAUUUCCUUUCAGGGGUCCCCCGGAAUCCGAGGGAGAAAAGCAGGGAGGACAGGCUCGUACCACUGGCCUCGAGAGACAACAGGCCAUUUUCCAGCUUGUGCUGAACGGAAGGACUCGCUGCCCGCCAGCCCACGAGCAUCUGUCGGGAUCCCUCCCUGGAGACUGGAGACACUUGGCUGCCAUCUACACUGCUGGCCGAUUCCUUCCAGACAAAUGGGCCUCUCCUUCUGCAGGAACUUGACCUUCCCUCAUUAUUAGUAGUGAUAUUAUUAACAAUGAUUA